AUGAUGGAAGUUCUGGACGGUUCAGUCAUCCUCUCCAUUAUCAGUGUUUCCAUCAGCUUUUUUGGUCUGGUGGUGUUUUGUGGAAGCAAGAAGAACAAGUAUGCGGCGUUCGAGCCUCCGGCGAAGGUCAUGUCCAAUCGACCGGUAGUUCAGGUGAGUAGUCAUCAAAUCACAAAUUAAAAUAUAGCGUUUGUAAAGUUGCACACUAAAAUAUAUAUACCGUUUCUAAAGUUGUAAUGCCUGAUCUUCAGCCUCGUCCUGCCACCAAACCCCCCAGCAAAUCGGAAGAAAAGAAGGAAGCGCCGGCGCCCGAGAAAGCGCCUGAGGUGAAGAAGGAAGAACCCAAAGAGCCUGAGAAACCACCAGCAGCUCCAAAAGAAGUAAGACCAUCACAUUUUAUAUCCUCAUCUAACUGAAGAUAUAAAGAUAUAAAAGCCUCUCAAUUCCAGAAAGAGAAAUCCAAGAAAGAGUCGAAAGAAGAGCCCGAACCCAAGAAGGAUUCAACAAAGUCCAAAAAGAAAAGUGAUGAUAAAAAAGAAAAGAAAUCAAACAAAGACGAGGAGAACGAAGAGAAAAAGGAAGAGAAAAAAGAGGAGAAAAAGGAAGAGAAGGAGGAAAACAAUGGGAAGGCGAGUGACAUGAAGACUGUGGACGACGGAAAGAGCAGGAAACCGGACGACGGAUAUGACAACCUCGAUCCAAACCAAGGAGGAGAGGAGGACAAACGUAAGGUUUUUGAAAACAAUGCCUUCUCUACAGUGGGGGACCUGAUCCGGGUCCCCCACAAAAAACGUACCAUUUUGCAUCCGGGAAGCAUCAAAAAUGUGGCAAAAUGCUUCCCGCUCCAAGUGUCCCCUCCAACUCCGAUUUCAAAAUCGCGCCCGCUUUUUUUGUGAGGGAAAGGGCGCGCUCUUCAAAAAGAAUUCUUUUUUGGGAAGCAUUUUGCCACAUUUUUGAUAUUUUCCGGAUGCAAAAUGGUAUGUUUUUUGCCACUGGAUCAGGUCCCCCAUAUUAGACUAGGUUUCAAUUUAACUAAACUUAAUUUUUCAGUGGUAGAAGUCAACGACGACAAGAAGGAGUAG